AAGUAAACGUCAAACUCUGCUGCGGGAUCUUCCUCCGAGACGACGAUGAAAGCAGGCAGAAGCAAAAAGUGAAAAGUUUUUCACGCAAAAAGUGAUUGCUACAGUGGAAAAUUGUGAAGUUUUUUCGGAAAAUUUCGAUUGUGGAUUGCAGUUGGUGAAGAAAUCGAGUUCAUUUGGUGUGCGGUGCUUGAAAGCGCUUGGGAAAAAUGGAUUCUCUCGGGUCGGAAAUCGGCCAGAAGAUGAGGAGCGCCGUCAAGGCGAAACUUAUCGAGCUGGGAACCGGAACGGCCACCGGGUACAUAGACGACGAGCUUCCGGAUUAUGUGAUGAUUAUGGUGGCCAAUAAGCGCUCCCGGCAGCAAAUGGUCGACGAUUUGACGCUGUUUUUGGGGAGUCAGACGGAAGUUUUCGUCAAUUGGUUGCACCAGGUGCUGCAGAAGCUGGAGGAGGUGACACUUCCAGCGACAUCUGGCGUUGCUGCGGGUGCCGCGGGAGGAAAGGGAACAAAGGAAGCGACAGGGAAACGGAAGACAUCCGAGCAGAAGGAUAAAAAGGACAAGAAGAAGGAUAAGAAAGCUAGGAAGAAGGACAAAACGCCGGAAGCGAAAGACAGGGAAGAGGAUCAGCACACGCCUCCACAUCCCGCACAGCUGGGUGGUUCUAUUCAGGAUGUCUUUGCGAAUCAGCUCAUUCAGCAUGCCAAGAAAACGAUGGACGUGGAGGGCAAUGUGACCAAGAAGGACCCCCGGGAGACGACGCCUCCCAUUAGGGACAAUUCGAACUCUCGGACGGGGAAUGAGUUCGAUAUUCCGACUAUAUCGGAGAUUGCCGGGCAGAGUGCGCUUUCGAAACAUCAGAAAGAACUGUCCGAGUUGGAGGAAAUUCAGCAGAAGAUUAAGCAAGCCAAGAAGCAGCUUAGAUCAAUGGGUUCGGAUGAGUCGGAGGAUGAGGAUUUCCUAAACAUCAAAGCGAACGAUGACGAUUUGGAGAACAUUGAAGACGGAGGAGUGGCCGCGGCAGCCAAGAGAAAGGAACGGCGAAAAGUAUCAGUUGAGCAGGAAAAGACUCGAGCAGAGGAUGAGGAACGGAGCAAUACGCCUCCUCCUCCGGUGGCUGUAACGACUCCUCCGAAGAAGAAAUCCAUUAUGGAACGGCUAGGUACCCGUCCGGAAUCGAAACCUGCCCCUGUAGAACCUGCGACCACGAAGGAAACAACCACUACCACCAAUAAAUCCAACAUAAUCAGUCUAUCGGCGCACAGAAGAGAAGAACGUGAACUCUACGUUCCGGUGUUCCGUCGGAAAGAGAUGGAAGAGCAGGCCAAAGCUCGAGAAGCACGGGCCAGGCUUCACCGCAGCAGAAGCCGGGAGAGGGACCGAAGGCGUUCGCCACCGAAUCGAACCGGCCGGAAGGACAGCAGUCGCAGCCGGGAUAGGUCCCGGAGCAGGCGAGAUCGCGAGCGGGACAGGGACAGGAUGCGGGAGCGAUCCCGAAGUCGAGAACGAGGUCGCGACAGAGAACGAGACCGAGAUCGAUCAUCCGGAAGGGUCAAUAAUGGGACAGACGUCCGUACUCGAAUCGGUUCCCGGGUCAUUGUGCUUCCACCGAAACCGGAAUACAACGAGGAAGACGAACUGGAAGUGCCCAUCCCCAGUGUGGUUAAAAUCCAGCCUCGCCCUCAGGUUCCGAAGAACAAACAGCCUAGCAAAAAUCUCCUCUUGAAGGCCAUGGCCGAAGCUCAGCGUUCAACUGCUGCUAAUCUCAAGAAAACCAUCAAUAAUCGCGAGGAAAGCUCUUCGCGACAUCAGCGGAUGCUGAUCGAGAUACCCGGCGCCAAAUCGGAGGGAACUCCUCCGGUGGACGUUCAUUUCGAAUACGAAGACGACGAUGAAGAGGACAUUGUAGAGCAUGUCCUGCGGGAUGAUGACGUUGACGCUGAGUUGGAAGAAAUACUGAACUCAAAUGAUGAGUACAUCCCGGAACCGGUUGCGGUGGCCACUUCUGUACGUUCCGACACUGACAGCGAUGGGUACGUUUAUGUUCCUUCCAAGAGCAACUCCGACAAAACAUCUUUGGAUGAUCUCCCAACGGAUGAAUACGAGCCGAAAGAUCCUGCCAAGAACCCCAAAUUUGUCGUCACCCUCGACGGCGCCUACAAGAAGUCCUCUCGAACUUCCCCCAGUCACACUCCGCCACCCCCUUCGAGCAAAUCCAAACCCUCCAUCAGGGAUCGAAUCGGUCAGAAGGUAUCUAAAAGUGAACGCAGCGCCACGCCGCCUCGGGAUCGCGAAGAGGGCGACGAUCGUGCCCACCAGGAAGCGCUGAAACGCCGAAAGGAACGCUUCAGCAUCAAAACUCCCUCCAAGCGCGACACUUCCAAAUCCCCCGAAAAACGAUCCAAAUCGUCCAAGAAGUCCCCCUCCAAGCGCGAAAAGCGCUCCUCCAACUCCAACCGGAAGUCUUCCCCGAGCGAUCUGAACGAACUGCUCCUCCAGCGAACCAAGGAACUGCUGGUGGACGACAGCGUUUCCUCCUCCCCAAUCUACAUGUCCAAAUCGGACUACGAAAAGAUCGAGCCGAACUCAUCCUCCCGCAAGCGGAAGCGCGUCUCCCCGAUCCAGUUCGCCCUGACGGAUGACGAAGCGGAGGACACCGACGGGGAGUACAACCACCACCGGGAUCGGGACCACCGGGAACGGAAGUCGAUCGAACGGGUUCUCCCCGUGGACGACGACGUGCGGAAGGAUCGGGACCGCCGGGAGCGGGACAGUGAUCGACGAACGACGGCGUCGGCUGCUGAUGAUGAUCUUCGGCGCAAGAACGUGGGCAGCACUUCCGGCAAUGGGGAUAGCAAGUCGCCGUCCAAGAAGAUUAAGAAGCUGGAAUCGAGCCGGAAGUUUGACGAUAUACCGCAGCUGCUCAGUUCGGUGUCGGUACCCUCGGAUGGCCUCUCGAAGAGUAAAGCUAUAAUUAAGGAACGGUGCAAGUACUUCCCGCUGUGCCGGCAGGGCGAUUCGUGUGAGUUCCUGCACCCGAGCACCAACUGCAAGGCCUUCCCGGCGUGCAAGUUUGGGGACAAGUGCCUCUAUCUGCACCCGAUGUGCAAGUACGACAAAACCUGCCACCGGCCGGAUUGCAACUACAUGCACACCAAACCGCUGUCGGCACACUCCUCGACGGCGCCGCCACUUGCCUCGUCGGUGGUUCCGGUGCAAAACUACAAAACCAUAACGGCUAAACCGUUGCCGCAGUUGUGCCGAUUCUACCCGGGUUGCUCGAACGGUGAUCUGUGCCCGUACUACCAUCCGAAGCUGUGCCGCUUCGGGAAACACUGCAUGAACAAGGUCGAGUGCAACUUCUACCACUAUGACCUGCCCGGAGGUGGCGCCGGAGGUGCCCUCGAUCACCACGAGGUACCACCCAAGGACAAGUUCAAAUGGGUUUCGCCCUUCUCGGCUUAACAUCGUCAGUAGACGGGGAUUGCUGUUUCCGUUUCUCUUUAAUUAUAGUUGUAGCUCUGCUCUAUUCUUACGGCACGUCGAAUUCUCACUUGCUUUUCUUCUUUUACUUUCUAAAGCAAUUUGGCGUGCGCACUUUGUUGUUUUAGUAGUUUUAAGACCCAAUAUUAUGAAUAUAUUUAUUCUUAUUUAGAAUCGAAUUGGUAUUCUGCGGCGAAGGAGAAGAGCUGCAGAAUCGGAGCAAUAUGUUUCUCGGUGGAGAGAAACGACUCGGUAAAGUUUGAAACAAAAAAACUUUUGUAGAACUAAAUUAUUUAGAUCACUGUUCAAAUAAACAUUAUGUUACGAAACAUAUGAAGGAGACAGAAAUCAUUGUACAUAACAGCUAAUAUAAAAAUCUGCAUGGAAAACUGUAAGAUUAAAAAAAAACACGUCAGCUUCUAUCCGUAUCAGUCACAACGUAGCAAAGAAAAGAACGUUGUGAACAUCUAUGAUUCAUCGUUUAGCCACACAAUUGCAACAGGGCUAUAAAGAGUUUUAGAAAGUGGUCAUAAUUUCGAACAAGAAACCAUCAGCAAAUAUAAUCACUUCAGUAAGUUGAUAUUA